AGGACGUGAGUAGUCUCUCAGAGAUCCGGACUGCCUGCAAAUCGCCUCGUACCCAUCUGUGAAACGGAGACUCCCUCACCUUCCUCCAGACCAGCAUCAUUUCAGCACGCUCGACGAUAACCGGCCAUGGCUGUAACCGGCUGCUCUCAGUGCAUCAAAUACAUGCUCUUCUUCUUAAACUUCAUUUUCUGGCUUGCUGGUGGUGUGAUUUUGGGUGUAGCUUUAUGGCUUCGCCAUGACAGUCAAACCAGCAACCUCCUAAUGCUGCAGUUUGAGGGGAAUCAAGCACCAGGAACCUUUCAUAUCAGUGUGUAUGUUCUCAUAGCGAUUGGGGCUGUGAUGAUGUUUGUGGGGUUCCUUGGUUGUUAUGGCGCUAUUCAAGAAUCUCAGUGUCUCUUAGGAACGUUCUUCACAUGUCUAGUGAUCCUCUUCGCCUGUGAGGUGGCGGCAGGAAUAUGGGGCUUUAUUAACAGGGACACGAUUUCCACUGAGCUCAUUAACUUCUAUGACGCUGCAUACAUUAAAGCUGUGGAUCCCGUGGAGACAACAUCCAGACAAGCAGCUUCCAAAGUUCUGGAGGUCUUCCAUGACUCACUGGACUGCUGUGGUAAAGGGGAUGAAAAUCAACUUUUCACAGUUGUGCAGGCCUCACUGUGUCCCAAAAAGACGUUCCCCCUUGACCCGCUCAUCUCCCAGAGUUGCCACACGAAACUAAGGGACCUGUUCACUGAGAAACUUCAUGUCAUUGGGUUGGCCGCCUUAGUGAUUGCUGUAAUUAUGGUUUUUGAGAUGAUCUUCACCAUGGUUCUCUGCUGUGCGAUCCGCAAUACUCCUGCAUAUUGAGUUGCUGGACGACCAGCCUGAUCAACAAUGUUUGAUUUUGGUAGCGAUGGGCAAGAGGGCGUUUCACUCCUGCCUUUCCUCUCUGUUCAAGUUCAAGUGUACACACACUGAACAUUGAUCCCUGUGUUUGCAGAGAGGACUUCCUAUGUGAAUAAAACACCAAGGGCUAUUAUAAAUAAACCAGUAACUGAUAUCAGGGAGGAGGAAUAAUGCGAUUGACAGUGAUAUGGAUAACUUAGCUUUUAUGUUGUACUGUUUUACUUUUAUUUAAUCAUUAUAUUAAAUUUGUUCUUAUGGUCUAUUGUUCAACUUUUAGUAGUUAUAGCUUAUUUGUGAAGCAAAUUAUUGUUAUGUUUAUAGAAAGAGAAAUGUUAACAGAUGAAUCUAUUAUGCAACAAGUCAAUUUGUGUCUUCUAUGAAUGCAUAUCGUACAGAACGAUAAUAAUUCAGUGAUAACCCACAUCAAACGAAUCAAACUUUACCCAAUGUGGUAUUUUUUAUUUUGUGGACAUUCAGUUUAUUUCUAAUAAACCUAAUAA